AUUUGACGUUAGAAAAGCUAUUAGAUCACAAGGUGAUUCGUACGAUCAGCUGAGCGCGUACAGGGCGAUUCGGAAAGGGAGACGCAUUUGAAAUUAAAAUAUUGAAACUACCAAAUUACAUUUUCGUCCAAUAACAUAAUCACUCAUUUUAGCGAGGAAGUGAAGGCAGAAGAGCCGUUAAAGUGAGUUAAAUCACUCAUUCUUAUUUUAGAAUUUUAAAAAUUAUUAGUGAUUCAUUCUAUUAUGAUAAAGGGUUUUCCAUGGGUUUUAAUCAUAAUUUUGGGACUCUUCUCAUAAUUACCGCUCCUUUUUGAACAGGUUUGGAAUCCAAUAGGAAUGUACAAUGUGUCUUUUCGAGUCAUCGAGAAUCAUUGAGUGGAAUCGCGAAAAAAGUAAUAAAAACUCGUCGAGCUAGUCACGAAUCUUACUUCUUACAUACUAGUCUAGUUUAAGGUUGGUAGAUACAGGAUUCGGAAGAUUCAAUCCCUAGAUGAGAUUCGAAUCGUCUCCGAUUAGACGUAAUCGAAAUCGGACUGAAUCACAUCUGGGGAUUUCGAUUGGGAUUCAAAAUAAGAUUUGAACGUGAUUCGUGUUAGUAGUGAAUUAAUGAUCUCAAUAAUCAGUAAAUAAUUUCAGCUGAAAUCAGUCUGAGGAUAAACAUUCAUUAUCACUUCUUCUUCUUCUUCUAUUUGGCGUAACGUCCUACGCAGCCGGUUAGUCAAUCCUUGGCUACGGAGGAAAGGUCCAUUCUACACUUGAACCCAUGACGGGCAUGUUAUUGAGUCGUUCGAGUUGACAACUGUACCACGGGACCACCCGUUUAUCACUAUCACUAUUAAUUAAUUAUAAUGUGCUUUUGUAGCGAUCAGCCUACCGUGUUUUGUUUCUCUGGAUGCCAUAAGAACCCAUUCGGUUAUCAGGAUAGAACAACAACUUGUACCUUAAAUAAUCAUUACGUACACCUAAUCAACCUGUGCAUCAAGGAGUUUCCGCGAAAGCGAAAAUCCGAUUGUCCGAUGUUGUCUUGGUUCCACCCGAUUCGUUACUGGUUCUGCAAAAUCGUCCAAUAAUACGGGAAUGUCCUUAUCGAUGCUUGAAUCAACAUCACAUUGUUUGCAUUUCGUUUUUUGCGUGCAAAUAUGUUAUUUGCAAAGAAAGCAACAAGGUAAUUUGCUUAAGAGUAAAUACAAUUCACUGUCCAUUUUUUGUCCACCAGUGUGCCAGAACCCGUGCCUUUUAGUCCUUCGAAUACAUCCAACCAGUCAGCAAGCAAGUGCAUCAUGGUGCUACCGAAGCUGUCCGAACCGUACGCCGUGAUGCCGCUUCUACUACGCCUGCAGCGUUUCGUUGGGCUGUGGGGUGAACGACGCUAUCGCUACAAGUUCCGGUUGGCAUUUUUAAGCUUCUGUCUGCUAGUAGUUAUUCCGAAGGUUGCCUUCGGCUAUCCAGAUUUAGAGACAAUGGUUCGCGGAACAGCUGAGCUGAUUUUCGAAUGGAACGUACUGUUUGGGAUGUUGCUGUUUUCUCUCAAGCUAGACGACUAUGAUGAUCUGGUGUACCGGUACAAGGACAUAUCAAAGAUUGCUUUCCGCAAGGACGUUCCCUCGCAGAUGGGCGACUAUCUGGUACGCAUCAAUCAUCGUAUCGAUCGGUUUUCCAAGAUCUACUGCUGCAGCCAUCUGUGUUUGGCCAUCUUCUACUGGGUGGCGCCUUCGUCCAGCACCUACCUAGCGUACCUGCGAGCACGGAACAGAUCCGUCCCGGUCGAGCAUGUGCUACAUCUGGAAGAGGAGCUGUACUGGUUUCACACCCGCGUCUCGCUGGUAGAUUACUCCAUAUUCACCGCCAUCAUGCUGCCUACAAUCUUUAUGUUAGCGUACUUCGGUGGACUAAAGCUGCUGACCAUCUUCAGCAACGUGAAGUACUGUUCGGCAAUGCUCAGGCUUGUGGCGAUGAGAAUCCAGUUUAUGGACCGAUUGGACGAGCGCGAAGCGGAAAAGGAACUGAUCAAAAUCAUCGUCAUGCAUCAGAAGGCGCUAAAAUGUGUGGAGCUGUUGGAAAUCAUCUUUCGGUGGGUUUUUCUGGGACAGUUCAUACAGUGCGUAAUGAUCUGGUGCAGCUUAGUUCUGUACGUCGCCGUUACGGGUCUUAGCACAAAAGCGGCAAAUGUGGGUGUACUGUUUAUACUGCUAACAGUGGAAACCUACGGAUUCUGCUACUUUGGCAGUGAUCUUACAUCGGAGAGCUUAAGCGUAGCACGUGCAGCGUACGGUAGCCUCUGGUAUCGCCGUUCGGUUUCGAUUCAACGGAAGCUUCGAAUGGUACUGCAGCGUGCCCAGAAACCGGUCGGCAUCUCGGCUGGCAAGUUUUGCUUCGUCGACAUUGAGCAGUUUGGCAAUGUAUGGGGAGACCUUCCACUGUGGCAAGAAAGAUUUUCUUUAUUAAUGCAUCUUUUAAUUUACAGAUGGCAAAAACAUCAUACUCGUUCUACAUCGUACUGAAGGAUCAAUUUUAAAGGGGAACUCCCCCGUCGGACCAGACGACGGAAAGCUAACGAUGUGCAAUUGAAUAGUCAUUAGUAGCGUUUUUGCUCGCAAACGAACUAACCCUUUGACUUUUUAAGUUCACUACGGUGAGGACAAAAAUCAAUAAAUUAA